AUGAAUAAUGUUACAGCUUCUCUAAAGGAUUUAUUACCCUCGAAUUAAAAGGCUGUAAUAAAGUUCAAAAUAACCCCUGGUAAGAAAAUAGACUCAAUCUGCCAAUGCAAUUUAAAAACUUGCAUGAUAUGUUCUCGUAAAAGAUCAUCAUCUAUGCUUUCUUUAAAAUCAAUAAAAAACUCAGUUGUCGUUGAUGAGAACUCUCCAGGUCUCAAAAGAACAGAUAAUAAAAACAAUUUUGUAAUACAAUCUAGCCUUCUUUCUAAGUAACUAUCAAGAUAAGUAUCUAACCAUCAAAUCCAAAAUUAAUUUUACAAUGGAAAAAUUAAUCAGGAAUCAAAAGGCAGCACAAACUCGACUACUUGGAUAAUGACAAACUCUCAUUCUCGAAAAAUAUCAGUAGAUAGUCCAAUAAAGGAAGUCUAAUAAUAAACUUUAAAUCCAAUGGGAAUAGGAAGACAUUCUUUUAAAUUUCUAUAUGUAGUUGGUAAGGGAGGGUUUGGUAAGGUGUGGAGAGUAGAAAUGAAAGCGAAUCGAUAAGAAUAUGCUUUAAAAGAGAUGUUGAAAACAAAAAUCAUAUCUAAGAGAUCAGUAAAUUCAGUUAUGAAUGAGAAAUUCCUUCUCGAACACUUAAAGCAUCCUUUUAUAGUGAACAUGCAUUAUGCAUUUUAAGACAGAGAAAAUUUAUAUUUAGUUUUAGAUUUACUAAGAGGAGGCGAUUUAAGAUAUCAUUUAGGUAGAAUGAAAAAAUUCUCGGAAGAAUAAACAAAAUUUUUCGCUUGUUGCAUUUUAUUGUCUUUGCAAUAUUUACAUCAGCACGGAAUCAUCCACAGGGAUGUCAAACCUGAGAAUUUAGUGUUUGAUAAGGAUGGGUUCUUAAGAUUAACAGAUUUAGGAGUAGCUAGAUUAAAUAAGGAUAGUGUUGCCAAUGAUACUUCAGGUACUCCUGGAUACAUGGCACCUGAAGUUAUGUGUAGGAUGGAACACUCCUUCCCAGUUGACUAUUAUGCUCUGGGUGUGAUUGUUUAUGAACUUUUACUUGGCAAAAGACCAUAUAAUGGAAAGAAUCGAUAAGAAAUUAGAGAGUAAAUAUUAGCUAAAUAAAUGCAAAUCAAAGAAAACACUCCAGGGAUAAGCAAUAAGGCAAUCGAUUUUGUCAAUAAAUUGCUCAUUAGAAAACCAUAAUAAAGACUGGGAUUUAAUGGAAUUGAUGAAAUCUUUAGUCAUUCUUGGUUAUAUAAUUUUCCUUGGGGAAAACUAUUAAACAAAGAAAUCAGAUCUCUAUAUGUACCUGGUAGCAUUGAUGGCAACUAUGAUUUUUAAAGUUAGAUCUCAGGCGACAGUGAGCCUUAAGAGGAUAGUUCUAUGGUGCUAAGAAGGAAGAGCGUAUAAGGGUUAUUUGAAGGAUACAAAUUCCAAUGA